AGUUUCCUCCUCUCAGGCACACAAACUGCUACUUUAGUAGAAAUAUCAAACCAAAGAACUCAACACACCAAGGUAGCUCAAAUAAAUCAGUGAUAUCAAAUUCUCAAAGGCCACUUCGCCGGGCCUGCAGGCAACACAAAUCUUCUAUCAUGGUUGAUAACAACGUCUCAAAGUCUCUCGGGUUAGUUUUGAUUGUCACAGCUCACAUGGUAUUCAACGGUACCAGCCGAGCGGAGGUCACAGGGAUCCUUGGCAACAACAUCAGCCUUGAAUUCAAAUUUAACAUCAAGGUCACAGAACAUUUAGCAUUUUAUACAAACCACACGGGCAAGAUUGCUGAGUAUUUACAGGGCAAAAUUACCUCAAGCGAAGGCGAUUUUAACAUCUACCCUAAAAAUACGUCUGUGUUUUUCAACAUUACAAAUCUCAAACUAAAUCACAGUGGAAUUUACUGGGCCAGUAUGUUCGUGGACUCAGGACCCGUAAUAGAAAGUAAUAAUCAGGAGCAGCUGAUUGUCAGAGAGGAGAACAGAUGCAGCACAGUUCCUCCAAAGCUGAAUGACACCACAACAAAAAAAGACAGUGGAAGUCCCAGUCAAAUCGUCAUCACUGUCCUUGUGGUUUCACCUGUCGUGCUCUUGGCAGCAGCACUUCCCUUGUUGAUCUGGUGUCUCGUGAAAACCAACGACACACAACAACCACCGUCACAACAAAGCUCCAAUCCCACAGUACAAGAAACAGUUGACGUGUCCUACAAUGUGCCUGCACCCCCACUGGUCUACAGUGUCCUGGACUUUCCCAAAAGACCUUCUGCAGUUUUGGAGAUUAAUCCAAGUGAUACAGAGUACGCUGCAGUCAACUAUCUCCCAGAAAAGAGACAAGUGUGAUAUGCAGCUGAAUGUAAACCAGAUGCUCUCUCUUGGUUUGGGUAAAGAUAUCCAAGAUGACUUGUAAGUAUGCUAAAUGCUUUUCAUAUCUCAAUAAUGAACCCCCAGAGCAUGUACUUUAGGCUUCUUGCAAUAAUUUAGAAGCAAUAGAGUUUGGAGGUUGAAGAGUUGUUGCUUGGGUUGUAUGUAUGUCGGUGUCACUUUAUUUUUGGUGGUCGUGAGAUUGAAAUGUUGACAGUUGCUGCGGAAAACCACAAGUCAGCUCACGUAGUUUUACAGUAACAAACCAACUUUUUUGAUUUUUGUUGUUUUUUGUUUGCUCUUUAUUUGGCUCAUCUGUCCACUAAACCCUUAAAGGCAAAGUCUGGAGAUAUUUUUUGUUAUUGUUAGCAAAGUCCAUAAAAAGACCGAAACAAUGAGUUGAUCCUACUAACACGUGUUUUCUGUAUAGUCAAAGUCUAAUAUACAUCUUAUGCCUCUGUUCCUUAGACCUCCAUUGUUGUAAAAGAAAAACUAAACUAACUAAACACAUCAGGUACCUUCAUUAUGAUGAACAUAUACUGUAGUUCAUUUUGAGUCCCACAAACAUUUUCUUUCUUCUUCUAAGUACUCAGUGGAUCACCAAAUGUGUAUUAAUGCGGCACUAAAAAUAGUCCCACAAAAAUGCACUAUUUACUUCUGUUUGAGUAACAUUUUCUUAAAACUACAGUGCCCAGCUGUUUUGGUAAAUUAUUUAUCCUUUUGAUUAUACAUUUAAAAAGAACUAAACAUUAAAUAUCACAGUUUUGUACAUACAAUACAUAUAUUUGUCUUCAGUAGGAUCAAAUGGGCUUGUGGAUGAGUGCCACAAACAGGGUCAAUGCAUUCUCAUGAACGGGUUCAUAUGAUAUCGUACGAAAGGUUAUGCACACUAAAACGUAUGAUAUUAUACGAAAACUAGGAGACCGCUGACUGGUCACGCAACAUCGGCUACAGAGCUCCGUGCUACAGAGCGGCAACACCGGCUACGUUGCUCCGCAUGGUGCUCCAUCAGGUCAGCAAUAGUUGGUGGUUCAGUUAACUGAGAGUAGGUGACUGUGCGCUGGGUACAGAGCACCGCGAGCUGCCGGUAUUUCAGCGGAGACUACGGUUAAGUUUAGGCAAGAAAAAGUGAGCGUUAUGCGGCAAUGAAAGUUAAGUUUAGGCACAGAAACGACUAGUUAAGUUUAGGAAAAAGGUUGUAGUUUGUAUUAAAACACCCCCUAAGGACCACACAGUUCCUGGGUGAAAUACUUUUUUCCCCCCGGGAAGCAAACUCCACUCCCUGGCUUGAAAGUCCUGUGUGUCCACCCAUCACCCCGACUACCUUGUAUAGAGCAGUCAAUGUGAUGCACACAGCAAAAAAAAAAACAACAACUUUUAAAUCAUACGAAUUACAGCUCUUAUCUUUUCCUAGCUUUCUGAAUGUAUGGUUCAUGAGAACAGGCUGACAGGGUGGGAAAGUCAGAAAGUAUUGAGAGAUGGACUAACAGGCGAAUGAUUUUGGUGUUUUCAUAGGAUUUGUUGAUAAUAACAACAUAUAGAAUAAGGCAAGGCUUAUCCUUUAAGCCACAAUAAAAGCUAAAGUACCUGUAGGUAACAUUGUCUCCAAAUUAAAAAAUAAAAUAAACAUUUCUGAGGGUGUGGAGGGAUGACAGAUGAACAGAUAAACCUUUCCUGUCCAGAUUACAUUUGGAUUGCAGUGCUGAACGUGGCUGUAGUGACACCCAUGACAUGUUUAUUAAUAUUCUUAUUUUCAACAUGGAUGUGUGAAAUCUUUAAAAGCUCCCUUUGGGUUUCAGGUUGAGUCAUUUUUUAUCUUUUCUGUCAAUGACUUUGUUUUUCAUCAUUGUUUUCGUCACAGUUUCGACACGUUUCCACUGUUAAAAUAAACAAAACUAAGAACUAUUAGUAAAAUGAAACGUUCUCAGGAAACUGUGUAUUUAUAGUUUAGAGAGCUCAGCCUAACAGUACUGUAUGUUCACAGGUCACAGGAGUGACUUUCCAUUUACUGUAUAGUGUGACAGUUUGACACUCUCGCACCAAUUUUACACAUACAACAACUAUCUGACACUAUCUGACUGCCAUUUUCCACUGCAUGUUCUCUGAAGUUCUCUUUUGGCAGGUGCCUACUGAUGUUUUGAUAGAUUUGUCAGAUAAAGUUUUCAUUUAUGUUCUCAAUGCCACAUAUUGAUGUCAUCAAUGUGAUGAUACCCAUGUAUUCUAAAAAAAAACUUACCCAACAUAUCUGUUCACCAGUGGCAGAUAAGCAGGUUGAAUAUUCAUCCCGGAUGUUGAUUGUUACUCAGGAUGGAGAAAAAAAACUGCCAACCUGGUAAAUGAUGGUGUGUGUUUUUUAAAUUGGUGACCACAAUGGCUCGCAACCAAACACAGACUGAAGUUUCCUCUCUGCUCUAAAACCAAAAAUGAAUGAAUGAAAUAGCAAAAGUGCAUUUUGAAUGUACCAUGUUUCUUGUCCUGUCAAGUGUUUAUUACACAUACUACUGAACAGUUUUUUUCUUGAAAUGUAUGAGUGAUUGUCAAAAUACAGUAAUAAUUUAUUUUUGUGCAAAUAAUGUCCUUUAUCAAUGUUGGAUCUAUGUAAGUCUUGUGUAAGUAAACAGAAAAUACAUUUUGUUUUGGUGGUAUGUUCACUGAAGUGUUUAAAAUGAGAAAUAAAACAUAUUGUGUAUGCUUCACAAUGUGUUUAGUUGUAAAAAAUAAAAUAAAAAAAUAAAACAAUGUUUAGCUGCUUGCUCAGCUUGUUAAAUUGUU